GGCAGUGUUUCAGAUUUUGUAAUUUUAGGGGUAAUUUCUAACUCUUAAAUUGUCCUGGAGGAUUAAAUAAGACAGUGUGUAUGAAGCACUUAAUUCUCAUAUUCGUGGUUCCAUUUUUCACAUCGUAGCAGGCAUUUUUUUGCUAUUUUUUUCCAGUACGACUGACAAAUGUAUAGUUUGUAAGAGAUAAUGCAUCUCACGAAAAUAUUAUGCAGUGUUAGCUAGAGUCGAUCCUUUCAUUCCCCGUUAGGAAUUCCUGAUAAUAUUUUGCCUUUUCUAUGAUGGGAGUUGUUUAGAAACAGCUAUUUUUCAGCUUUUCUGGAGGGAUGAAAAGUCCUCUUAAGAGAAAUAAGCAUUCUGAAAGAUCUGGGCUGCCUGACCGUUAUGGCAUCAAGAAACCUCUGGCAUAUGAGAAGUAACUUGCUUUUGGGUUCAAGAUAUUGGACGAUCCAAUAUUCAACAGAAAUCCUCUUCAGAUCCAUUUCAUUUAGGCUUUUUGGUGUGAAACAUGAUAAUGCAGACAGUGAGCCUUCGGAGAAUAAAGACCUGCUGAACAACUUACUUACUAUGGGAGUUGAUAUUGAUAUGGCUAAGAAACGACAGCCUGGAGUGUUUAAUAGGAUGUUCACUAAUGAACAGGACCUGCAGAUUUUCCUUCAGUCCAAAGGAGCUAGCAAAGAAGUGAUUGCUAGUAUCAUAUCAAGAUAUCCACGAGCCAUAACACGGACUACUGAAAGUCUUUCAAAACGGUGGGAUCUAUGGAGAAAGAUUAUCACAUCAGACCUUGAAAUUGUAAAUAUUCUGGAACGUUCUCCUGAAUCCUUUUUUCGGUCCAGCAACAAUGAAGACCUGGAGAAAAAUAUAAAUUUCCUCUGUUCAGUUGGAUUGACCCAUGAAUGCCUUUGUCGAUUACUGACCAAUGCCCCUCGUACCUUCUCCAAUAGUCUUGAUCUGAAUAAGCACAUGGUUGAAUUUUUGCACGAAGUCUGUUUGUCUUUGGGUUAUAAUGACCCCACAGAUUUUGUCAGAAAGAUUAUUUUCAAAAACCCUUUCAUCUUAAUUCAGAGCACCAAGCGAGUGAAAGCUAACAUUGAAUUUUUACAGUCAACUUUCACCUUGAACAAGGAUGAACUACUGGUUCUGAUACGUGGUUCAGGAGCUGGAAUCCUAGACCUUUCCAAUGACUGUGUCAAAAGAAACUACACAAAUAUCAAAGAGAAGCUUUUUUCUUUUGGGUGUACUGAAGAAGAGGUACACAAGUUUGUCUUAAGCUAUCCAGACAUGAUCUUCUUGGCAGAGAAAAAGUUUAAUGAUAAAAUAGAUUACCUCAUAACAGAAAAAAUUAGUAUUUCACAAAUAAUUGAAAGUCCUCGGGUUCUAGAUUCGAGCCUAAAUACUUUAAAAAGUCGAACCAAAGAAUUGGUACAUGCUGGCUAUAACUUGAAUACAUCAAACAUCACUAUUCUGUCUUGGAGUCAAAAAAGGUAUCAAGCUAAACUGAAAAAGAUAAGAAAACAGCACUUGGGCCUUAAGUCUUAAAACAUGGUGAUGCUUAUUUUUGAUUUUGGACUGUCAAAGGAGAAUUUUGAUUUCUUUGCCACAGAUACAUGUAUACUGAUUUUUUGGAUAUUUUGGCCUAAAAGUUUGUAAAACCUCAUGAUUAGUGUCUUCCAGUUACUUCUCCCAGCUACUACUCUGUCAGUUUGAAGUAAUGCAAAAUUGUGUGUAGGCUGUGGUGCUGUACACUAUGGGAGUUCUUUAGUGCUAUGCAGACAGUGUGAUGGUACAAAAACAGCUCUUGUGGUUUCUAUUCGAUUUAAAAAUUGACAGAUUUGGGCUGGAUAUAUAGCUUAGUAGUGACAGCACUUGCCUAGUGUGUGCAUGGCCCUGAAUUCGAUCCCCAGCACAGUCAAAAUAAAGACAGAAGACAGAAAACAAAUGGACAGGUUCAUUUGGGUAAUGAAUUCUGUUUCCUGCCAUGGUGUUGAAUGCCAGGUCAUUUUAUUAUUCCGUGUCAAAUUAGGGUUCAUCCUGAAAAUAGAAUGCCAGUAAGAAUAAUAAAAUUCUGACAGAAAGGAGGAAUUUUUUCAUUCCAAGUUCCAUGUUCUCCAUGUAAACCCAUUACUGUGCUGUUAUACCCUUCUUGCUCAAAAAACAACCCCAUAAUUUACAAAAGGUGUGUUCAUAUUUCUUUGAAGACAAGGCCACCUGUGGUGGGUAUUAGAAUGGGCACCUAAAGACGUUACUGUCUGGUUCCCAGAAGCUGUGAAUAUGUCAUGUUACAUUGCAGUGGACUUUACAGAAGUGAUUAAGUUAAGAUGUGAUUAAGUGAAGACUCUUGAGAUGGGAAAAUUAUCCUAAAUUACUUGGGUGGGCCCAGUAUAAUCAUAGGAUCCUUAAAAGUGAGGAGGGAGCCAAAAGAGGAGGCCAUAGGGGUGUUAUAUAUGAAUGACUUGGCCACUUCUGGCUGUGAAGGACAGAGGGGCCAUGAAGCAAGGAAUGUGGGUGGCUUACAAAAGGCAAGGAACAGGAGUCCUCUAAGCCCUCCCAAAAUGAGUGCAGCCUCGCUGGCACCUUGAUGUUAGCCCAGUGAGACCAAUAUCAAGCUUCUGAUCUAUAGAACCAUAAGAAUAAAUGUGUGUUAUUUUAAACCACUGAGUUUGUGAUAACCUGUGAUAUGAAAUAGAUUGGUAUAGCAACUGAGUAGAUGAUUUGUCUCAUUCCAGGUGAAGAAAUCACAAAGUACAGUCCUCAUUGCAUCAUUUCUCUAUUUCUGUAUUUUUAUAUUCAGUUUCUUAUAUAAGUAAUUACAUUUUUAAAAGAAAUUACCUAUUUUAAAGAAUUGGAGUUGCUAACAAGUUAAUAUUUAUGAAGUCCUCUAAAGAUGAAUAAAAAAAUAAGUAUAAAUACUAUCAUUAAAAAAAGCAAUUUUUUGCCUAAUGGGUAUAGCUUAAGAAAUACUGGUCAUUUCCAUGUAUUUAUAUUUUGCUGGUGUUUCAUCUAAGUAAGAAGUGAGGAAUUUUAGAGACAUUGAAUUGAAUGAGAAGAUCAUGGCUAUAUCAUAUAUCGGUUUGUAUCAUCUAUAGAAACAAAUUGUUUUUUAUAAGGGUAUUUAUAUAUGUUCAGUGAUAGUCAUAAUUACUUGCAGUGAACUAUUUGAUAGCAAGGAUGGCAUACUUUAGAAAAUGUGGGCUUUAUAGAAACAUUUUCUAGAGUGCAAUAGCUGGGCACCAUUUCUGAUUAAUUGUAUUUUGUGUAACUAUUUUAAAUUCAUUGAAUUGUUUUCAAUGGUAUUUUAUUAAUGGUAGCUUAAGAAAACAUACAGAAAUGUUUUAAAAAACAGUUUUGUGGGUGUAUAGUUCAUAUACUAUACAAUUCACUCAAAGUAUACAAUUGAAUAUUUUUUAAAACAUAUGGUAUGCAACCAUUGCCUUGCAACCCUAAGCAAAAACUAAUCUUUCUGCCUCUAAAUUUUAUCAUUCUGUGUAUUUCAUAUAAAUGAUCUAAUACAAUGCUGUAUGUGGUUUUUUGAUUGACUUCUUUCAUUUAGCAUAAUGUUUUCAAGGUUUAUCCAUGUAUCACAUACCAGCAUUCCUUUUUAUUGUUAAAUAAUAUUCCAUUGUAUGGAUAAGUAGGGUUAUUGGGAAUAUAUUUUAUUGUACACAAAGCAUUAAUUCCCUAAACCUUUUUAAUUAUAUGGAAAAACUUUCCAAGAUA